AUGAAACGAAACUCCUCAUCUACCUCCACACACACAAAUAAACACUCCAGAAAACACAACCCCAAUCCCCUCUCUAGUCGCACAGCUCUGAUAACAGGCGGCUCCUCCGGCAUUGGAUAUGCGAUUGCAGAGCGAUUUCUACAAGAAGGCGUCCGUAGAGUAAUCCUCGUUGGUCGACGGCGCGAAAAACUAGAAGAAGCUGCGGAGCGGUUAACGGAAUCUAUGCCAUCAGUAUUGAAAGGAGAUAGUGAUAAUGGUUAUAGUAGCCAAAUUGCCACACGAAUGCCGGAAGAGGAUAUUGCGUCUGCGGAUAAUGUAAAGCUGCUGGUUGGUGAUAUCUCCAUGGCCAAAGAGUGGAUGGGGCGACUUGAAAGGGAGAUGGAACAUGUUGAUAUUCUCGUCAAUGCUGCUGGAAUAUCCAUCUCAAAUAUCCUCCCGAAAACCUCCACAGACGAUAUUUCACAAAUUCUCAAGACGAACCUCGAAGGGGCGAUACUUGCUUCUCGGGCGAUGUUAAGAGCAUGCAUUCGCGCACGCGCCAGGGAUCGGGUCAAUGAUACCUCCAAUGAUAAUAACGAUCCACCACCAUCUCGAUGCAUUAUCAACAUCUCCUCACUACUUGCCUUAAAAGGUGUGACUGGCACAGCUGCAUACGCAGCAUCCAAAGCCGGAUUAUUAGGGUUAACGAGCGCAAUGACAGUAGAAGCAGCAGAGAUGUUGAGGGGUGGUAAGACAAUCCUACGAAGUAACGCUAUUGUGCCGGGGUAUAUUCAAACUCCGAUGAUAGAGAACUUCAGCAAUGACCAGAUAGAUGCAUUAAACGCACGCAUUCCGUUGAAAAGAUUCGGGGAUCCGCGAGAAGUUGCAGACGCAGCUGUGUUUCUUGUGAGGAACGAGUAUGCUAACAAUUGUGUUCUCAACCUCGAUGGCGGGUUGAGCGCUGUAUAA